AUGAUACCCGCACAAAAGAAGAAGAUUGACCUUACCUUGUUGUCCCCAGAGGAACAAAAGUUAUUCCGCCUUUAUGGUAGACUACCAGCACAAAAGACGGUUCUGAGUCACAGAUUGAAGGAACGUAAAUACUUUGAUUCCGGUGACUAUGCCCUAACGAAAGCCGGAAAAGCUCAAGGACCGGUUGGUUCGCAGCAUCCUUCCCCAGAAACGGUUCCUCACGCCAAUGCAAUGUCUGCUCAGAGUCAUAGUUCAUCACCUGUUAAAGAGAGCCAUCUUGUUCACGAGGCAACUGAAGACGGUAACAAAAUGGCAGAGGAUGGCAAGGUUAAAGAGGGGAACGACGCGGAAGGAGAUAAUCAAAUGGCUGAAGAUAACACAAUGGCUGAAGAUAACACAAUGGCUGAAGAUAAUAAACAAUGA